AGGAAGCCUUUACUUUAAUUUCAAUAUAAAAUGAUACUCAUCGAUUCGAAGCUGGAUUGUCUUCAAGCCGCCGCUGGGGAUAGAUCCCGAGCUCUUCAAAAUAGUUCAAACUUAUCCCAUUGUGCAAUCGCAGUUCAUUGAUUAGAAUAAUUAAGUAUAAAGUCGUUAAAUCAGUAACAUGUUGGUGGAAAAUUAGCACAUAGGGAAAAUACUAGCGACUAAUAUUUUUUUAUUAAAACUAAAGAAAGAUAUACAUAUUAUUGAUUUUUCAUUUCAAAUUCGAAAUUUCAUUCGGAAAAAUAGGAAUUUUCGCCCUCCUAAAAAUAUAAGUUCCCGGAGCCCCUGACUUUACGUUUUGUAGUUACGUUGCUGGCGUGAUCUUGGCGUGAGAAUAGCUUUGGCGCUCCCUACUCUUGAGUUACCGCCGCAAAUUCGUAGGUGAACGUAACACCAGCGGCCGGUGAGAUAGUUGUUCCAUUAUUUCGAAAUAUCGAAUCGAAGUGAAAUUCACUUUGUUGUUGACUUGCUUCGCCGACCGGUAGAAAUGAGUCGUCGCUCUACCGGCAUCUCUUCGCCUCGGGCCGGCAGCGCUGGCGAACGGUCUCGUCUCAGUCCCACGCGUAUAACAAGAGUUCAAGAGAAAGAAGAAUUGCAAAGUUUAAAUGACCGUUUGGCCACUUAUAUAGAUACCGUCCGAAAUCUUGAAAGCGAAAACAAUAGAUUAAGCACACUUAUUCAAACAACCCAAGAAACGACUCAAAAGGCCGUCGUUGAAGUAAAAACUGUUUAUGACAAAGAAUUAACUGAUGUUCGUCAACUGUUGGAUUAUACAGCAAAGGAGAAAGCUAAAUUACAGAUUUCAAAUGAGAAGCUCAAGUCAGAAGUGGAUGAACUGAAAACGAAAUUAUUUAAGAAAGAGAAAGAGCUGACAAAUGCAGAGAAACAAAUCAAAUCAUGUGAUAUUUUGGUUCAAGAUUUGCAAAGAAGAGUGUCAACUUUAACAUCGGAAAACAGAAGAUGUACAAAUCAAUGUAGAGAUUUAGAGAGUACAAUCAAGACAUUGUCUCAACAAGUUUCUUCCUUAAAGAAAGAUUUGGAUGAUGAAACUUUAACUCGUGUGGAUUUCCAAAACAGAUAUCAGAGUUCUAAAGAAGAGUUGGCAUUUAAAGAAUCCGUCCAUCAAAAGGAGAUUAGUGAAACUAAGCACUUGAAAGAGACUGCAAUUUUGGAGUUAAAUUCUAAGUUAACUGAAAGUUAUGAACAGAAGCUUGCAGAUUCUUUAAAAGAAUUACGGGAACAAUAUGAAACUCAGCUGCAUAUUAACAGAGAUGAGAUUGAAGCUUUGUAUGAAUCAAAGAUUGCAGAUCUACAAAAAAAACUUGAUCGCUACACAGAAUCUUCUACAUCUUACAGAGAUGAACUCAGGACUUAUAAGACUAAAGUGGAUAGUCUUAAUUCAAAGAAUGCUAAUUUGGAAUCCACCAAUUCAUCUUUGUUGCACAGAAUCAAAGAUUUAGAAAAGAUGCUUGAACAAGAAAGAGAAUGGCAUAAAGAAGCUUUAAAUUCAAAAGAUGAAGAGCUCAAAAAUCUUCGUUCAGAAAUGGAGCGUCAACUUGUCGAAUAUCGUGAUCUUUUGGACAUUAAAGUAGCCUUAGAUUUAGAAAUAGCUGCUUAUCGAAAGCUACUCGAAGGGGAAGAAAUAAGGCUUAAUAUUAGCCCUACAAACUCACGGGGCAGCAGUCCAUCCCCUCUUCAGCCUAGGUCCAAUCCCAUGAGGGGUGUCAAACGCAGGCGAAUGUUUGCCGAAUCUGAAAAGUCAGAUGUUCAAACAUCGUCUGGUGAUAUUGAAAUUUCUGAUCAUGACGUCAAUGGAAAAUUUGUAAAAAUUCAUAACAAAGGAAAGCAGGAGUUGUCUCUGGGUAGUUGGCAGUUGGUUCAAAAAAGUGAAGGAGCUGAAGUGACGUAUAAAUUUCCAAGAGCAGCUGUCAUUAAACCCAAUACCACCGUCACUGUGUGGAGUUCUGAUAGUGGCACUUCUCCAAGUCCCCCAAAAGAUUUAGUCAUGAAAAAUCAAUCUUGGUGUUUAUCUGAUUCUCUUCUUACAACUCUUGUGAACAGCAGUGGGGAAAGUGUGGCCUCAAGAGAAUCAUCCAAACUGUAUGAAAGCUCAGAAGUUUUUGCUGUGGAUGAAGACUAAGGAAGCUGUUAUGAAUGAUGAGCUUAAUUGUUUUCUACAGAUCCAAUGACGUGCAUUUGAAAGAUGAAAAGCAACCCUGACGAUGAUAAUUACUUUAAGCCUCAAGUUUAUUAUCUUAGUGUGUUACACUGAUAUAAGUAUGUAAAGAACUAUAAGUUUAGUAGUGUACUUUGCAUUUGUUUAAAAUGUUUUAGAAAUUUCUUUAAUUUUAAUGAUUUAAACAAAUACAAGAUUUUUCAGUAUUUUUAAGGAAUUCAGUAAAUUUAGUCCUUAAGUUUUCAGCAAAUAAGUUUUUAUUUCCCCCAUGAAAAUAACUUUAUUUUCUUCAUAAUUUGAGUAGCAUGUGUGUAAAAUAUUUGAAAAUCCAGUAGAAUCUCUUUUUAUUUUAAUGAAUAAAUUAUUCAUAAUCCUAGACAAUUGCAGUGAUCUCAAAAAGUUCUCUAAAUCAACAAUUAAGUGCCUGACUUUUCUUACGAUGAAGAUAUCCUCAGUCCAAGUCCAACGCGGCAAAGGGUUAAAUAAUUUAAUCUUUGCUUCAUUUUAAGGACAAAUUUUGGUAACUAUUUAUUUUAAUUGUUAUCUCUUGAACAGACAUAAAAGAAAAUUAUAAAUAUUAUUCAUUUUUAUUUAACUUAAAAGUUUUUUUUAAAUAUUUUCAGAAAAAGAAAAUAUAUGCUAAUUUUAUUUCAUCUAGCCAUUGCUGAAAGAUUUUUAAAUUAACAAACUAUUUUUAACAAUUCAAAUAAAAAUUUUAAAAAAUAGAUAGAAGCAAACAUACAUCUAAAAUUAUUAUUGACAAAAGUUUAAUAUUCUAAUCUUAUUGUCAUAAUCAAAUUCUUUUAGAAGAAGUAUUAAGAAACUUUAAAAUCAAUUUUUACCAGUCUUAAGAGAGAAAAAAACUGUAAGUGGGCUCUAUCAUGAAAUAUAAAAAUGUAAAACUAGAAAAAUAAAAUUUGAAAUCUUAAAGAAUUUUUAGUUUGAUUUUGAUUACAGCUGGUGAAAUCAAGUGUACUAGACUGUCAUACAGAUAUUAAAUCUAUUUUUUUCUUUUAAGCAGUGAACUACAUUUUUUUUUAACGUUCCACCACUUUACACACAUUUGUUAUAUAUUUGUUCAAAUAUAAUUAUCAUAAAAAAUUCUUAAAAUUAAGUCACAUCGCAAGUAACAAAAAAUAAAUUAAUAUACUUGCAGAAAAUAACUUUUGAACAAACUGCAAUUGUUUCUAAGUUUUGUAAACUUACUAAAUAAAGUUUUUUUGUUAACUUCAGUUGGGCUUAGCAUCAGAUUUGAAACAGAGUUCUUAAAUUUUAUUGAAAAAUACUUCUGUACUAUUUAUCUAAGCAAAGUCUCUGAACCACAAAUCAAAAUCUUAUAAUUCCCUUCAAAUUUAUAUUUGAUAAGCUGAAUAUUUACGUUUGUGAUAACUUCCUAUCUCAUAUCUGUAUUUGAUUAACUGAAUGAUGUCAAUAAUGAAACUAAUUAAGGAGAAACUGAUUUGCAAAUCAAACUUCACUUUAUUAUAAAACACAUUCACUUUAUUACUGAACUUAAAUUAAAAGUAUCGACUUAAAUUAAAAUAAGUAUCAGACAAAAGUGAUUUAAAAAAAAAAUAUUUUUUUUUUGUUGAUCAGCACGUUUAGUGUGAAACACUAUUUUUAGCUUUAGUCUUCAAUCAAUGAGAGCUAUUUUGUAAAAUGUGUUAUGUGUGCUUGUGAUUAAUUGUAACAUUAGUUAUCAUAAAUUAAUGAAAAAAUGAGCAUAACUCAAAAAGUUAUGUUAGAAUUUAAUGAAAGUUGUGCACAUAAUGUAUGAAAUAUCAUAUAAAUUAAUCCAACAAUUACGGUGCGUAGCGCUUCGUGUGUUUUUAAAAAGUGCUUAAAGGUGCUUAUGCUUGUUUUUUAAAAGCCCUUAAAGGUGCUUUCUUUAUUGGGUGUUUUUAAAAAAAGUACUUUAUUUUCCCUUUUCGAAAAUGAGUUUUUCUUUACCUUGUUGUUUUCACCGCGUAUUAUGCGAAAGAGUAGUUUUCACAUUGUUCUGCUCAGGAUUUUCACAAUUCAUUAAAACACAAUGCAUUUCGGAGUACCGUCAGUCUUUAGCCUACGAAAGCGCCAAUCAUUUUACAUGUCUACAUGAAAUACUUGUGAGUCCCCAUGUGAUAUAUACUGAGCUGGGAGAUACUCAUGAUCAUAUAUAGUCUUUUGAAAAUUAUUUGUUAAUGUAUGUAGUGCUCAAAUUUUUUUUAGUGCCUGAAAAGUACUUAAAAGGUGCUUUUUUUUGUUGAAAGAUUUGACUGCUCACCGAAUCAGCAUGUGUAUGAAAUGAAUGUGUCAGGUUCGAAUAGAAAAAGUGCCUUCAGAACGGAGUCUCUCUAGCAACUCUUAUUUGACAUUAUAAGCAAAUUUCAUUCAGAUUUUUUUAAGAGCUAUUUUUGUUAUUUUUCAUUAAUUUAUGAUAAUCAUAUGCUUUUGCUUAUCUGCUGGUUAGAGGGCAGAUUUUAUGGUGCUUUGUUAACAUUACGGGUAUAUAAUGUGAAAAAACUGUUUGUCUUUUGCAGAAAGAGUGUUGUUCCUCAUAUAAUUUAUACAUAUUGUUAAUUUAUCGAAUCUAAUACUAAUACUGUUAGGAUAUAAUUAUUUAUGAAUGUUAUGUAAACACAAGAACAAAAGUUUAAUUCCUGUUCUCUUUUUAAUUUGUUACUCUACUGGUGCAAUGUUUAUUUAAAUUUUUGUUAUGAUGGAAUGUGCAUUAUAUUCAUUGAAUAUUUAUUUCUUGUAUGCUUAAAUAUUGCAUUUUAGUAGCUUUUCAUUUAAGUACAUUGUUUCGAAAAUAAAAUUAAAUUUUGUGAAAUUAAA